GUCCGCAAGUCUCUGGUCAUCUCCUGGACUAUGUCCGCAGUUUCUAGUCAUCUCCUUUACUAUGUCCGCAGUCUCUGCUCAUCUCCUGUAGUAUGUCUGCAGUCUCUGGUCAUCUCCUGUACUAUGUUCGCAGUCUCUGGUCAUCUCCUAUAUACAUCCGCAGUCUCUGGUCAUCUCCUGUAGUACAUCCGCAGUCUCUGGUCAUCUCCUGUAGUACAUCCGCAAUCUCUGGUCACCUCCUGUAGUACAUCCGCAGUCUCUGGUCAUCUCCUGUACUAUGUCCGCAGUCUCUGGUUAUCUCCUGUAGUACAUCUGCAGUCUCUGGUCAUCUCCUGUACUAUGUCUGCAGU